UUGACUCUCUGGGGACUCCUCUGUCGGGAGCAUACACGCGUCCCCGAGGGGGCUGCCUGUCUCCUCUCAUCAGCAUCACGGCGAGAACUUUUACAGCCGCUCUUUGUAGUCCUGCUAAUCCUGUUACCCGAGGUGUUAUAAAUAUUAGCGCUACUGGGGCUGAGGAUGGGGGAGCAGAUUAAGCCUUCUCUGAAGUAAGAUGUCAGCCAGCCUCUUCGCAGCCCACCAGCUCCCGGAGCUGCUGGAUGAGCUGCACAGCAGAGCCCAGCAAGUGCCCUGCCCGGAGGGGCUGCUGGGCACAUCCGUGGUGGACUUCGUGGCCGACCUCUCCCUGGGGCCUCCCCAGGCUCCCCCCCGGGCUGGGCCGGGGCUGAGGCUCUGCGACGUCACCUCUGGGCCUCCCUUUGGCGACAGAACCCUGUCGCUCCGGGAGGAGAUGGCCCGGGGGCUGCCGCUGGUAGCCUUCGGAGGUGGAAAUCCCGAAGACGAAGAAGAGGAGGAGGAAGAGGAGAGGAUGCACAGCACUUCCCUCCUAGACAGACCCAGGAGAAAGCGAGUUAUCACCUACGCCCAGCGCCAAGCGGCCAAUAUACGAGAGAGGAAGAGGAUGUUCAACCUCAACGAGGCUUUUGAUCAGCUGAGGAAGAAAGUGCCCACCUUCGCCUACGAGAAGAGGCUCUCCCGGAUAGAGACACUGCGCUUGGCCAUAGUGUACAUCUCGUUCAUGACUGAGCUCCUAGACGGCUGCAGCAGGCAGUAG